AUGUGGUUCUGGGGAUGGAUGUAUCUGGCCGUGACGGUGGUCAUUCUCGUUUUUGUGCCUGAAGACCCGCUUUCGCGCCGCAAACUGGCCUCCUCCAAGGAUAUAGAGCUUGAGGAGCUGCAGAGAGACGAGCAGUCUAGGGCCAACGUGGUGCAGGCGCACACCGCGUACAACGAGCCGGCGGGCAGGAACACGCUUUUCGGCGUCUACCACAAGAUGUGGAACGUCGUCAAGCUGAAAAACGUCAAGCUCUUCAUCUUGGUGCAUCUCGUGUCGAAAAUCGCUUUCCAGGCCAACGAGGGAGCGACCAACCUGAAAUUGCUAGACAAGGGCUUUUCGCGCGAGGACCUGGCCAUCACCGUGCUAAUCGACUUCCCACUGGAGAUUGUCUUUGGCUACUACUCCGCCAGAUGGUCUACGGGAGACGAGCCUCUGAAACCGUGGAUGUACGCUUACCUGGGCCGCAUCGCCGCAGCUGCGUUGGGACAGGUGCUGGUGUGGUGCUUCCCCAAGGACGGCCAUGUGACCUCGGCGUACUUCCUGUUUGUGAUUUUCCAGCACCUGCUGAGCUCGUUCAUGUCGACGAUCCAGUUUGUGUCGAUCUGCGCUUUCCACACGCAGAUUGCCGAUCCACUGAUUGGCGGCACGUACAUGACCACGCUGAACACGCUCUCGAACUUGGGCGGCCAGUGGCCGAAGAUUAUUGUGCUCAGUCUGAUCGACAAGCUCACCACGGCCAGAUGCAUGCCUGCCACGCCGAUGGCCACGAAUCCGUUCGAGGAGGCUCCGUACUUCAACUGCUACGGCUCGUCGGCCAAGAGCGACUGUCUGGGCCACGGCGGCGUGUGCAACACCAUUGCGGACGGCUACUACAACACUAAUCUGCUGUGCAUAAUUAUUGGAUUGGUAUUGUACUAUGGAUGGAUCAGAAAAACGGUGGUCCAUCUCCAGGGUCUUCCGAUCAGCGCAUGGCGGGUGGGCAAGUCCACGCUGCCUAUCUGA